AUGGAGUCGCCGACCGCUUCAAGGCGGAAAAGCACAGAAGAUGCCGAUACAAGUCGUCGGGAGUUCAGAGACACACAGUUACAGAUACAAGUCGUCGGGAGUUCAGAGACACACAGUUACAGAUACAAGUCGUCGGGAGUUCAGAGACACACAGUUACAGAUACAAGUCGUCGGGAGUUCAGAGACACACAGUUACUGAUACAAGUCGUCGGGAGUUCAGAGACACACAGUUACAGAUACAAGUCGUCGGGAGUUCAGAGACACACAGUUACUGAUACAAGUCGUCGGGAGUUCAGAGACACACAUUUACUGAUACAAGUCGUCGGGAGUUCAGAGACACACAGUUACAGAUACAAGUCGUCGGGAGUUCAGAGACACACAGUUACAGAUACAAGUCGUCGGGAGUUCAGAGACACACAGUUACAGAUACAAGUCGUCGGGAGUUCAGAGACACACAGUUACAGAUACAAGUCGUCGGGAGUUCAGAGACACACAGUUACAGAUACAAGUCGUCGGGAGUUCAGAGACACACAGUUACAGAUACAAGUCGUCGGGAGUUCAGAGACACACAGUUACAGAUACAAGUCGUCGGGAGUUCAGAGACACACAGUUACAGAUACAAGUCGUCGCGAGUUCAGAGACACACAGUUACUGAUACAAGUCGUCGGGAGUUCAGAGAUCCGCAGCAAGACAAGUGACCAGACAACAGGCAAGACGAUACACCAGACGACAGGCCAGACAACAGGCCAGAAAACAGACGACAGGCCAGACGACAGACAGACAACAGGCCAGACAACAGACAAGACGACAGACCAGACGACAGGCCAGACGACAAACAGACAACAGGCCAGACGACAAACAGACAACAGGCCAGACGACAAACAGACAACAGACAAAACGACAGCCCAGACAACAGGCCAGACUACAGGCAAGACGACAAACAGACAACAGGCCAGACGACAAACAGACAACAGGCCAGACGACAAACAGACAACAGACAAAACGACAGACCAGACGACAGACCAGACUACAGGCAAGACGACAAACAGACAACAGGCCAGACGACAAACAGACAACAGGCCAGACGACAAACAGACAACAGGCCAGACGACAAACAGACAACAGACAAAACGACAGACCAGACGACAGACCAGACGACAGGCCAGACAACAGGCCAGACGACAAACAGACAACAGGCCAGAUGACAGACUAGACUACAAGCCAGACCACAGGUCAGACGACAGGCCAGACGACAGGCCAGACAACAGGUCAGACGACAUACCAGACAACAGACCAGACAACAGACCAGACAACAGACCAGACAACAGAGCAGACAACAGGCCAGACCACAGGCCAGACCACAGGCCAGACCACAGGCCAGACAACAGGCCAGACAACAGGCCAGACAACAGGCCAGACAACAGGCCAGACAACAGGCCAGACAACAGGCCAGACCACGGGCCAGGCCAGACCACGGGUCAGACGAUAACAGGCCAGGCAACAGAUCAGACAAUAGGCAAGACCACAGGCCAGACCACAGGCCAGACCACAGGCCAGACCACAGGCCAGACCACAGGCCAGACCACGGGUCAGACGAUAACAGGCCAGGCAACAGAUCAGACAACAGGCAAGACCACAGGCCAGACCACAGGCCAGACUACAGGCCAGACAACAGGCCUGACGACAGGCCAGACGACAGACCAGACAACAGGUCAGACCACAGAUCAGAUGACAGACCAGACCACAGGCCAGACAACAGACCAGACCAUAGACCAGACCACAUGCCAGACCACGGACCAGGCCAGACCACAGGCCAGACGAUAA